CGCCGGGCAGAGCUUCGGGGGCGCUGUGCUGCCGCCUCCUGGUCUCGGUUCGGUGUGCGAACCGUGCCGCCCCGGUACCUUCACGCCCCUCGGCUCCCGGCUUCCGUUCUGGGGAGGGGGGAGGGGGUUCUGGCCGUGUCGAGUGCGACCCCCUCCCUCCCAAAGCAACGUCCGUGCUAAAGGGUCAACGUUCCCGCUACGCUGCUGCGCUAGGUGUGCCCCGCUGCCUUGCGUGUCCCUUGAAGGUGGUGCCCUUGCAUCUCCCGCGUGGGCUGGGCCCGCUACCCCUUGAUCCUGCGUGGACAAGGGAGUGAGCACAUCCGACCGACAGAGUACAGAGCAGAGUACAAUACGGGGACUUGAUAAGAAGAACCACUAUAGGAUGAUGAGCUGCAGUUGGGAAGCUAUAAGCAAAGUACUGUUUAGGAUGAAUGUGAUUUGGAGAAAUUCUGUUUCCUGUCUAAGGAUAAGAAAGGUGCCACAUAGAUACCAAAGUGGUAAUCACCCAGUGGUCCCUCUGGGGUCAAGGAUUUUAACUGACCCAGCCAAAGUUUUUGAACACAACAUGUGGGAUCACAUGCAAUGGUCCGAUGAAGAAGAAGCAGCAGCCAGAAAAAAAGUAGAGGAAAACUCAGCCGUUCGAGUCCUUCUGGAAGAACAAGUUAAGUUUGAGAAUGAAGCUAGUAAAUAUUGGGACACAUUUUAUAAGAUUCAUAAGAAUAAGUUUUUCAAAGAUCGUAAUUGGCUGUUGAGGGAAUUUCCUGAAAUUAUUCCAGUUGAUCAAAAAACUGAACAGAAGUUGGAAGAGUUAUCAUGGGAUCAUGCAAAAACUAGUGCUGCAAAUGGUUUCUCAAGAAUGCACUGCCCUACUAUGCCUGAAGAAAAAAAUUAUAAUAAGAAAAGGUGUGGUUCAUCAGAUGGUCAAAGGAAAGCGGGAUCACAUUUUUCCAACCUAGACUCUAAAGAACACAGAAAAGGACCUCUGAAGACAGAAUUGUUUCCUGGUAGCAAUGCCACUUUCAGAAUCCUAGAGGUUGGCUGUGGUGCUGGAAAUAGUGUUUUUCCAAUUUUGAACACUUUACAGGAUGCUCCUGAGUCCUUUCUUUAUUGUUGUGAUUUUGCUUCUGGAGCUGUGGAACUAGUAAAGUUGCACUCAUCCUAUAGAGCAGCCCAGUGUUGUGCCUUUGUUCAUGACGUUUGUGAUGAGGGCUUACCCUUCCCUUUUCCAGAUGGGAUCCUGGACGUGAUUCUCCUUGUCUUUGUGCUCUCUUCUAUUCAUCCUGACAGGAUGCAAGGCGUUAUAAACCGACUGUCCAACUUACUGAAGCCUGGAGGAAUGCUGUUAUUUCGGGACUAUGGAAGAUAUGAUAAGACUCAGCUUCGUUUUAAAAGGGGGCAUUGCUUAUCUGAAAAUUUUUAUGUUCGAGGAGAUGGUACCAGAGCAUAUUUUUUUACAAAAGGGGAAGUCCACAAUAUGUUCUGCAAGGCUGGGUUAGACGAGAAGCAAAAUCUGGUUGAUCGUCGCUUACAAGUGAAUAGGAAAAAACAAGUGAAAAUGCACCGAGUGUGGGUUCAAGGCAAAUUCCAGAAACCAUUACACUUGACUCAAAAAACCUCCAAAUUGGUGUUUUAACUUUGGCUUUCUCAUGGCUGAACUAUGUACCAUGUUAAGGUGCAAACCAGAGGAUUACACAAUACAAAGACUUCUAUAAAUCUUUCAUUUUUGAAAGGACAAUCAGAAGAAAAGAGAAUUUGUAUAUCCUGCUGUUUAUCAUGGGUGAGCUCCUAUGUUUAAGCACUCGCAAAUUAUUUGGAAGAGUAUACUAUAUUCUGUGUUUUCAAAACUUAAUAUGCUGAAACUUUGCUUGAGUUUAUUAUGCCUAACCAUUUUGUUUGUUCUUUGAAUUUUAUAAGCAUUCAAUUAAAUUACUGAUAUAAGUCAGAUAAUUCUGAGAAACCAUACCCUGCUAUUUUUUGGAAGCGCAAAAAAACCACAUUUAUUUAUGCAUUAGUCUAACACAGUUAAACUCUCUUCCUCUCUUAUCUAGUAGCAGAGAAGCAGCUCUCCUUGUUUCCCUGGCAAGCCACAAGACCUAUAUGAAGGUGAAUUUUUUGUUUUGUUGUUGUCUGUUUUCCUCAAAACUCCUUUUUUUUUUUUUAAUUCAGAGACUAAUGUCUGAAAUAGAAUUUUAGUUUCUCUUUCCUGUCCUAAAAUUGGGGAAGUAUGACCCAUGCUAACAUUUUCAGGCUAUUUUUAGGUGUACAAGUUGUUGUAAGCUCUCUUUAAGACAACUAUUAUACCCAAGAAAAUUCUUAAAUUGUACCAAUUAAAAAUGUAUUUACCAUCUUGCCUCAAAAAGGAUAUAAAUUGGCUUGCAAAUUGCACUUUGUGAAAAUGGAGUUUCUGAGAUUGGCUUUUCAUUUGUUAUACAACAUACACUGAGUACUUACAUUCUGCUAAAUUAUAUUGUACUAAUACAAUCAAUAAAGACCCAACCCUGCCUUCAGAGAGCACAGAUAGGAUCUGACUGGCAAAACAAAAGAUGCAUAUCCCAAGCAUCUAAAUCACAAUUUCAGAUAAUAUAUAAACAGGUACUUCUCAGCUAGCUUUGGUUAUGAGCCACAAAAAUCUGGAAGAAAUGGACAAUCCUUUGAAGGGCCACAUUGGAAGAGUUCAGUUCCCACUGUUUUACUUUUUUGAAUUGACUUAAAAUUCCUUUUUCUAAAAGAAUGUGAUUGGUCCAAUUUGAGUCACAGAUUCAUUUCCUGACAGUUCGGGGUAGACCACCUUCAUAGAUGGUGCCACCUGAAUGUAUGGAGUGGAGGAAUGUUCCUCAAAGGACAAUGACAUAUUGUUACCAAAAAAAGGGAGGAGGGAUGCUAUGCUGCCCCAUCACAAACAGCAUGUCACAUAGUGGUGGUUCCAAAGAGAGGGAGAAGUGAGCUGGUGGGAAGAAAAGGAGAAGAAGCCUUGAUGUUCUGUGGGGAGGUGGGUGUCAGGCUAGUCCUUGAACAUAUGCCCUCCGAAGAUGGGGAGAAGACAAGUCUGUUUGGUGUGGGUCCUUCCUGAUGAUGAAUUGUGGGGAAAAGAUAGGGAGGGGGUCAGCUUCUCACAGCCAUGUAUAGAAGGCACAUUGGGUUCUAGUCUGGAGCAAUCUAAGGUUUGCUUGUUUCUGUUUUAUCCUACCAUAACAUGUUAUAAAUAUGUUUAGAGACAUUGAGGCAUCCUAUAUGGGAUGGAAUGCAGUAAGGUGGCACCAUCUAUGGGGGCGGCAAGGAAGACCACACAUAAAGGUUUUUUGCACACACUUGCCUCGGUAGCAGUUCCUCAGAAAUACAAUAUCAAGGUUUCUGUUUAAACAUGGCAUAGUCAAUAAAUGCAGAAGUUAAAAUGUACCUGACACUCUUUACUCAGUUGUAUCUCAUAAUUAAAGUGUACAUUUAAAAG